CGUCGGCUCCGAUGCAGAUCCAAUCUGCUAAGUACUGAAUAGCGAUUCAAUGCGUCUGUAGUCACAGACCUCUCCCCAUUUCCCUGUAGAUUAGGUAUAGUACGUAGAUAGUAGCAUCUGGCGGUGGGAGAGGAGAAACAGGCGACGGAAACUUCACGAGAUCGACAGGGCCAGACCUGCCGCUAAACCUGUUCGGGGUGGCGCUAUUGACAGCGGGUGAAGGAGCCGCCGAUAGAGGGAAACGCGCGCCCGAAUUAUUAUUUCCCUUCAUCUCGCUCUCGCUCUCGCUCUCCCUCUCGCUCUCCCUUUUAAUAAUAUCUGUCUACAUGCUCCCUGCGGUGGAAUUAGUCCCCUAUCUAUCUCUCUUCCUUCCCAUCGAUUCCUCGCUGUUCUUGCUGGGAUGAUCCGUCUGUGUCUCUAGGGAUGUCCCUUGACCAACCGCAGAACGUAUAAGAUUCACCCACAACAUAAAAUACCAAUUCGCCAUGGAAAACACAGAAUCGACAGCCCCGCGUGGCCCUGGCCGUGUCCAAUCCGGCGUCUCCCAUCUCACUGACUCCAUGGUGACCGUGUCACUAUCUGAUGUUCAGUCCAACCCCGAACUCUCACAGCCCGACUGGCAAGCGCCGUCGCCCGCAGAUUCCCCGUACGGGAUCGGUUAUGCAGUUACCACCCCUUCAGUCAUGGAUGCCGAACUCCCAAUCUUACAGCCAGAUCGGUACAACGGCUCCGCUGCUUCCAUUCGGUCUCGUACCAGCGAUACGCAUGAUGAUGCGGUUUGGGAGGAAUUGGACAAGUCAGAAGAACAGGAACUGCGUGGUGAGAGCUCUGACGAAGUAUGUAUAUUGGCAAAAGCAAGAAAAACAGUUCCCAGUUUGGUGGAAAAUAGGUCUAACCUGGUUACCCCUGUCAAGUCAACUGCUCUUCUCCUAGCUCGGCUUGAGAGAGAAAAUAAUGCAUUGGCCACAAAUCCCAAAUCGGGCUUAUCGAGCACAUCACACGCGCAGAAACAGGCCCGCACCCAGUCCCUACACCAUAUCAAACGCUUGAUGCAUGAUUCUCAAACCUCCCUGCGAUACUCACAGCUUCCUACUCCUCCGAUGACUGAACUUGAGUUCUGGGCUGCCCUCGUGUCGAAUUAUCCUCAGACGGCGCAGAGACUGCCAACGCUUACGUCGAAUAAGAUUCGAGGAGGUGUUCCCCCUCCGUUGCGUGGGGUGGUAUGGCCCAGCUUGGCUGGUGCAAGAGAUCCCCAGCUCAUGGCCGAGUUUGAGAGACUGUGUGGCGAGACCAGCCCCUAUGAAGGGUUGAUAGGCAAGGACAUUGGACGGAGCUUUCCUAACGUGGAAAUGUUCAGAGACCCCAAUGGUGAAGGCCAAGCGAUGCUCGCGAGAGUUCUCAAAUGUUUCAGUCUGUAUGACAAGCAGAUCGGCUAUUGCCAGGGAUUGGGGUUUGUCGUCGGCCCUCUGCUCAUGCACAUGUCGGAUGCAGAAGCAUUCUGUGUCCUUGUACGGUAAGCAAAGACAGAAGAGAGAAAGAGAUGACGUAUCCUGUGAUAUGGCUGACUAUACCAGGCUGAUGGACCACUAUGGUCUGCGGACCUGUUACCUCCCUGAUCUAUCGGGUCUCCAUUUGCGAGUCUACCAAUUCCAGAACCUCCUAGCCCGUCACCGCCCAGCCCUGCAUGCUCAUUUGGAAUCUUUGAAUGUUGAGCCGGUCUAUGUGUCACAGUGGUUCCUCUCGUUUUUCGCUGUCACCUGUCCUCUUCCGAUGCUUCUUCGCAUCUAUGACGUUAUCUUCCUCGAGGGGGCCAUCGAGACGUUGAUGCGUGUCGCCCUAUCUCUCAUGCGCCGAAAUGAGAAGAAGAUCAUGGCGUACACCGAAUUCGAGGAUAUUUUGCAGUUUCUGCUGUCAAGAAGCAUGUGGGAUACUUAUGCUUGCCAUGCGGAUGACCUCGUCGAUGACUUUGUAUCACUAACGUCACUCGUUUCCCGGGAAAGCCUCCAAUCGCUGGAAAACAGCUAUAACCAAUCGCAGGGUGUGCCGACGGGUAUCUCAUUCCCACAAAUGCAAGCAGCCGCCUCUCGGUUCCUUGGAAGACUAUGGGCCGGAACCGGAUCUUCCAACAACGCCGCGAAGCCGCUUUCUAUUAACCAGUCGAACACAAUUCGCCGCUCAACGUCGAAACAGAGUAUGACAUCGACUCUUAACUCCGUCGAAUCCUCCUCAUCGGAUGUCAGCACAGCGCCAACAGAGGUUUCAGUGGCGGACACGAAGAAGCCACGACCAAAAUCAGGCAUGCCGUACAGCACUGACCGAGACUUACAUACGCAGAUCGAGGAUCUUCUGAUGGCUCUGAGUGACCUGCAGCGCCAGCAAGUAGAUCUUACUCGGGAUCUGCAGAAAGAGCGCGAAGAACGUGAGGAGGAUCAGGAAGUGGCUAAGAUGAUGAUGGGUUACAUCAAGGCGGGAGAGACGGAGAAGGAAGAUUACGAUCUGGACGAGAUGGUUUCUAAAGCAGAGCAGCGAUUCUCAGGAUCGGCGUCCAGACGAGUUUCGAUCACGCAGACCAAACACCAGUUGCUGGACGAUGCCAACCGAUGGAAAGAUAUGCACAAGCUGGAAGCUGCCCGGUGUAUGGACCUCAACCGGCGCGUAGAUGAGCAGGAACUGGCGAACUCGAAGCUAAAAGAAGAGCUUCGGGAAGCCCGCACGCGCAUACAGGAAGGCUACAAUGACCGACAACGACUAGAGAGGACCAUCCUUGAGCUUCGCGCGGGCACGCACCAUGCUUCAGAGAAUAACCAGGAAACGGUCGGAUCACCUUCCAGUGAGACAGGGAGUGAGCAUCACUCCCGCACCGGAUUACGGGAACUCAAACUCGUCAGCACGAAGACCAACUCCCAUCCCACAGCCACAGCCACAGCGGCGACGACGUCACCCGCCACCCCCGCGUUCAACAAACGGUCCAGUAGUUUGGGACUGCAGUCCGUGCUCGCAACGGAACACAACAAACCGGCGCCCGAAGAGACGCUACUUCUUGAACUCGUUCACGCCAAGACUGCCGAAGCCGUCGCCAAGCAGGAACUGGAAGAAGUGAAGCUCAAACUUGAGGCUCUCCGGAAACUGGUCAGCGGCAACCGGGCAGGCAACAAAACCGAAAAUCGCAAUUCAUUCACAACGGUUCCUCUCUCGCAGCCCAACGGCAACGUGUAUAGAACGACCACUGAGCCUGCGAAGAUGACAAAUUCUGUCCAUUCUGGUGGAGGGGGGUUUUUCAGUGGAUGGGGGAGACGGGCCCCGUCGACUAGCAAUGAGUUGUAGGGGGAAGGGAGAUUUUCUUUUCUGGUGGACUGAUUUUUCUUUGUUCUAACUCCUUUCAUGCAUUAACUGCGUUGCAUUGGGCAUUGGAUAAUUGGUGUUAAUUGGACUGCUUGUGAUGGAAGUCCCAGUUUGAUUCUCCCCGGGAUUUUUCGAUGUUUCCAUGUACUCUUAUGAUCGCGUCUUAUUGUACAUACAUUGAUGUACCCCAGAGCACAGCACGCUCGAUAUUUUCUUUCCCCGCCAUCGAAGUUGUGUGGCGGGGGCUUAUUGGUAUUGUGUAUAAAUAAAUUUGACAACAUCCGUCCAUCGUGGCUUUGCUGGAUGCAGAUGAUUUAUGAACGAG